CCAUCCACACGUGCUGUGUGUUCAUUAGCCACAUCCUUUCCAAACACUUUGUUGGUAUUUCAAGCUGUCUGCAUUGCUCAUGGAACUUACUAGAAAAUGACUCUUCCCUUUUGCAGCCAUCGCUGAAGUGGCAGCGGCCAAAAUGAAGUUCAAUCCCUUUGUGACUUCUGAGCGAAGCAAGAACCGCAAAAGGCAUUUCGAUGCCCCUUCCCACAUCUUCAGGGAGAUUAUGUCUUCCCCUCUUUCCAAAGAGCUGAGACCUAAGGACAAUGUUCGAUCCAUGCCCAUCCAAAAGGAUGAUGUAGUUCAGGUGGUUCUGGGACAAUAUAAAGGUCAGCAAAUUUGCAAAGUAGUCCAGGUUUACAGGAAGAAAUAUGUCAUCUGCAUUGAACCGGUGCGGCAGGAAGAGGCUAAUGGCACAAUUGCUCAUGUGGACACUCACCCCAGCAAGGUGGUUAUUACUAGGCUUAAACUGAGCAAAGACCACAAAAAGAUCCUUGAAUGGAAAGCCAAGUCUCACCAAGUAGGAAAGGAAAAGGGCAAGUACAAAGAAGAAACAAUUGAGUAGAUGCAGGAAUAAAAUAAUCUUAUGUACAAUUUUCAUUAAAAAAUGCUAAAAUGAAAAAAAAAUAACUUGAAUUUGUGAUUU